UGCUUUAUGGCACUAGCAAUCAGACGGAGCAAAUAACGACUCGAUUUCAUUCGCCGCGGGAAUGGAGAACACGGCGAAUUUGAGAGAGUGGUUUCAGCGAGUUGACUCGAACAACAAAGGGAGCAUAACUGCUCCUGAACUCAAGAGUGCUCUAGCCGUUGGCAACCUGGAAUUUCCUCUCUCUGUUGUCGAGCAGAUGAUCAGGAUGUAUGAUUUCGAUAGAAAUGGAACAAUGAGCUUUCAAGAAUUUGUGGCCCUCAACAAAUUCCUUCUUAAGGUUCAACAAGCUUUCUCAGAUCUAGAAAGGGGUCGUGGAUUUCUUGUUCCUGAUGAUGUUUAUGAUGCAUUGGUGAAAGUUGGAUUCUCCCUCGACUCUCCAGCUUUUUACACAGCUUGUGAGAGCUUUGAUCAAAAGAAGAAUGGGAGAUUCCAGCUGGAUGAUGUUAUCUCACUCUGUAUAUUUUUACAGUCUGCUCGGAAUCUUUUUAAUUCAUUUGAUACUGCUAAGCAGGGCCGAGUAACACUGGACUUUAACCAGCUUGUUUACUGUGCUGCCAAUUGUAGAAUAUGAAUCAAGAUUUUGAUGAUCACCAGCGCCAACUGAUGUACAGGUCAUAAACUGUUGAGCUAGAAUUUUAAUUAUCAUCUAUUAUAAUGGUGUUCUUUGCUGUUAAUAAUAGGAAUCCUGUGACAACAAUGUUCUCAAAAUUGUCGUAAAAAAAAUAUGAUUGAUUAAAUGUAGUAUCCAAUCUGUGAUUCUUGGGA